CGCGAUCGCUUCCCAAUCCGACAUCAGAACUUCCCCAAACGUUCUAGCAAGUCAUAGCAAUUCCCAGCAUGAACUCCUACUUUGUGAUCGCUUUGAGUGCUCUGUUUGUGGCUCUGGCUGUUGCCUCGCCCAUCGAACUGAACGAGGAUCAGAAGGCUUUGGCCAAGCAGCAUGGCGAGCAGUGCGCCGCCGAACUGAAGCUGACCGAGGAGGAGAAGGCCAAGGUCAAGGCCAAGGACUUCAAGAACCCCACCGAGAACAUCAAGUGCUUCGCCAACUGCUUCUUCGAGAAGGUGGGAACCCUGAAGGACGGCGAGCUGCAGGAGUCCGUGGUCCUGGAGAAGCUGGGCGCCUUCAUCGGCGAGGAGAAGACCAAGGAGGCCCUGGAGAAGUGCAGGUCCAUCAAGGGCGAAAACAAAUGCGAGACCGCCGUCAAGUUGCACGAGUGCUUCGAGACCUUCAAGCCCGCCCCCGAGGUUAAGGCUUAAGGAUGUGGGUCUAGAAGUUUGGCAAAUUGUGAUUCCCUUAAAAAACAGUGAAAAGAGUUUAUAACAUUUGUAAGCGACUUCCGAAUAAAUGUUUUGUCAAAUGAAAA